UACCGAUUUUUGAAGAAAUCAAAUUUCUCUUGAACGCCUCACGAUAAAUACACCACGAAUCGAAGACAUGCUCAGUCACAAGAUAUGCCGUCGUCGUCAACGUUGCAGUCGCCUGUUCCGCCGUCGCAGCCACGCGUCUCGUAACUCUUUCGAUUGUCACGUCACUGAUGCCGUCGUCGUGUCCAUUUACCUUCGAUAUUAACAAAGAAACACUGAUAUGCAGACAAUCGGUAAAGCAGAUAAUAAAAUGGAUUUUCCUUUAAAUUGGACUGAUAUAUUAUUAAAAUCAAUAUCAGGUAAGACGAACUAUACUAUAGAUGUAAAAAUAGGAACUAAACGCAUUGCUACCAACCAAGAUCUAAAAGACAUUACAAAAAAAAGACGUAAACAAUCAAAUCCUACAAGGAUUUCUUCUAAUGAAGAAAAUACAAAAAAUGGAAGCGACAAAAAAAUAUUAUUUUCUACCAAAAAUAAAAGCGAACUGAACAAAAGCGAAGAAGCAACAGAUUUAAAACUAACUUGUCCCCAAUAUCCUUCGGUUUCUUUACCUCUGAAUCUAACGAUAUCUGAAAACCAAAAACUUUCACCAAAUGAGGUACAAAAAACACACUUUUCUAAUGACUUAUCUACGGAAAUUUCUAAUAACCCGAGUUCAUUUCAUCGAACAUUACCGAAAGAAAUUGAAUAUAAUGAUAAGAAAGACAAUUAUUCGGCUGAAUCUUCAACUUGUAUGAUGCCAUUUUCUAAAAAUCAACCAUGCACAUCAGGGACAAAUAUUGGAUCAACUUCUGUUCAAAUAUUCAAUCCAGAAGCUUUUUGUGAUCAAUGUAACAAAGAAUUUUGUAACAAAUAUUUUUUGAAAACGCACAAGGCUAAUAAACACGGCGUUUUCAGUGACAGUCAUUCAAAUAGUUCCAGUUUAGAUCAGUCGGAUAGAAUUAAAAUAACAUUACCUACUACUAACGAUUUCUCUUCAAACAUUAAUGACAAUUAUAUUGGUGCUUCAACAUCUUCAUUGUUUAAAAGUCCUGUAUUGUUUUCUCAAUCAUCGGCAAAUCAAAGCACAUUUGUAUCAAAACAUAUUUUUAACAAUCAAACACGAGCGUUUUGUAGUAUAUGCCAAAAAGAAUUCUGUAACAAAUAUUUUGUUCGGAGACAUAAAGCUAAAAUUCACGGUAUAAUAGACGAUGGAGACUUUAAGUUAACUGAUGAUGUCCCAUUGAAUUUCAAAACAAAUUUACAAAUCAAAAAUGAAUAUUUAGAUUUUGGAGGGUCGGAUUUGUAUGAUAGUGAUAUUAAAACAGUAUCGCCAUCUUUUCAUGCCAACGAAUCAAUAACUGAAAUUUCAAAAACACAUGAAAAAGUAUUCUUAAAAGACACCCAAACAUCAGUACAUACUGAAAAAGAAUUUAUGAUGAAAUAUACAACGGUUGAAACCCCACAUAAUGAUAUCAAAAUUGAGAAUACAGAUGAUGAUCGAAAUGUGAAUUACAUCAAUAAAUUAAAUAAUGAAUUGUGUAAUAUCAUCGAUCUUCAUAAUAUUGAACCUAUAAGUAAUUCAAGUCAUAUCACAAACAUAAAUACACAAUAUGAAAAAGAAGUAUUUAAAAAUGAUUGUUCAAAAGCAAACACUAAAGGUAUAAAUCAGCAAUCUACCGAAUUGAAGGCUAACACUAAUACCCCCAUUAAUUUAAUAAUUACAAAUAAUAAUGUUAACGACAAUAUUAUUGGGAAUAAAAUGUACCUUCCAGCUACCAUUGCAACCGCUGAAAAUGAAAAAAAAAUGAAUACAAAUAUUGAAACAGAUGAAUCUAAAACUGACUUGAUGAGCAAAAACAAGUUACUUACAUUACAUAAUUUAUUUUUUAAAUUUAACGGAAAUACGUUAGAAAAUAUGUCAACAUGUUAUGUAUGUAACAAGCAAGUUAACGGAUCAUUAAAAGCUCACAUUUUCAAUAAACACGAAAACAUCGUUCAUGAACUAAUGAAUGAAUCUUUAGAGUCUAAUGAAAAUUUACGUAUCGAAUAUUCAUGUCAUGAAUGCCAGCAAAUAUUUAAUUCUGAUGCAUUGUUGAAAGAACAUAUCGAACAAUGUGAGUAUAACAUCAAAGGUAUGGGUAGAGCAUCGGCUAGUAGUAAAAAUUCUGCAGAAAACGAGGAAUAUAUUAAUCAUCAUACCAAAGAACUGGGUGAAAGAAAACAGACUACCAUGUUAAGUAGUUUUUGCAAAAUAUGUAAUAAAGAAUUAUGCAAUAAGUAUUUCAUGAAAACUCACAUGCAACGGAUGCACGGUAUAUCAAUUCAAAAUGGUAAUCAUAUUGGGGGAGUAGUGUGUGAUAUAUGUAACAAAGAACUUUGUAGUAAAUAUUUUCUACGAGUACACAAACAAAACUCACAUGGCAUAGUUGAAAAUGGAUCUUGCCAAAAAUAUUGGACGGAUUCGAUGACUGAGAAUGGACAACUGUCCGACGAACCUGAAAAUGGUCAUAGAUAUUAUAAGCACUAUACUGAAGUUUGCAAUAUAUGUUUUAGACGAUUCAGAAGUUCGAAAUGGUUAAGUGCUCAUUUAUUGAACGACCACGGGCCUGAGGGAAAAAUCCAAUGGAAGCAUAUCCAGAAUCAUUUGGAAGAAGAAAAGCAAAACUUGCAACCUAACUGCGAGUUGAACGCGAGCUUAAUAGCAAUUGGAAGUCCUAAACAAAAUCCAGUCGAUGAGCAAUUAAUGUGCGAUGAGAUGAAACAAUAUCGUUGUUCAUAUUGUCCGUUCACCACAUCAAUUUUGUCAUUUCUUUUUGUACAUGAGAAAUUUCAUCUCACCGAAAAUAAAACCACAAAGGACAUGUCGUUAACAUGUCCUACAUGUAGUGUGGCGUUUCAAAACAAGACACAGUUGGAAAAUCAUUUUACACAUUGUCAUUUCAACUCAGAUGCAAGGAAUUCACCCGUUCCGUACGCUAUUUUACAUUCACCGGACAACACGCACGUCACACUCAACGCUAAUGAAGAUUUGUCGGCAGACAAGUCAUUGGACAAUAACGGAAAUGACGUAUUCACCGACAAACUUGGAACAUCGAUCAAGCCACGUCAGACCGAAAACGCAUCGCCGUCUACGGAAAAAAACCACCAUGUUCCCGAAUCAAACCACGAGCCGUUUAUUAUGCAGUCGUUUUUUCUCGAAAACUGUUCAGUAUCUCCGUCGGUCAAGAAGGAAAUGAGUGGUCGCAGUGAUUCAUUUCAUUCGUCUCUAGUCUACUUACCAGUCAAGGAAAAGUUAACGUCAACUGUUAAUGUAUUUUUCAAGUUAACCCCAACAUAAAUAUCUGCAUUUUUAAGUUUAUACGUAAGUGACUUUAGCAUUCUAUCGCUCAUGGCGUACGAUUGAGCUAACUAUAAAUUAAACAUAUUAAAUAAUUAUAGUUUGUAUGAUUUAACAUAAUAUUAUAAUAUACAUCCACAGAAUUAAAAUAAGACUGAACUACAUAUUUUAUGGGUGCUGGAAUGAAAUUUGGUGAUAUUGAUAAUACUAAAGUUCCUAAUUUAGCCUUGAAUAAAAUAUUAUGUCAUAAUAAUAUAUAUUGGUAGUUUUGUUUAAAUUCCAAUUCGUAAAUUCGAGCUACUCCGGGAAUCCAU